UAAAAGGCAUUUUCCAAAUUUACUCAUCAUCAAUACAUCACUCUCUCUUCUUCUUGGCACCAGCUAUUCUCCCAAAAACGUUCACGCUCAACCGAGUGGGAAACACCAAAGAAAAUUACAGAACACAAACACCGAAUGAAGCACAGAGAUGGCGACUACAAUGGCCAAGAUCAGUAAGGUUGCGGGCAGAUUAUUAUCCCACAAAUUACCAAGACCCAUUUCCCGUUCUGGGUCGUGCGGUAAUGGUGUUCGGGCCGAGUUUCUGGUGGAUCGGUUUGGGGUUUCUGGUGGGUCAUUCUAUUACUCGGCGGCGGUUCCUGUGGAGUCGGAUUUGGUGGGUUCGAGGUUGUUUGGGUCGAAGGAUUACGAGGAUUACAGGAGGGCUCUGUAUGGCUGCAUCACUCACAAGGCGCUCUUGGUUGAUGCUGUUGGAACCCUUGUUGUGCCCUCUCAGCCCAUGGCCCAGAUUUACAGACAGAUUGGGGAGAAAUAUGGUGUUGAGUACUCGGAAGCUGAAAUAUUAAACAGAUAUAGGUGGGCUUAUGAGCAGCCUUGGGGUAGAUCUCGGCUCAGAUAUGUUAAUGAUGGGAAACCAUUCUGGCAAUAUAUAGUUAGUUCUUCUACUGGCUGUUCCGACACUCAAUACUUUGAAGAAUUGUAUAACUAUUAUACGACUGAAAAGGCGUGGCACCUCUGUGAUCCGGAUGCUGAAAAAGUAUUCAAGGCUCUCAGGACCUUAGGCGUAAAGUUGGCUGUUGUGUCAAACUUUGACACUCGACUAAGACCUCUCUUGCGGGCUCUCAAUUGUGACCACUGGUUUGAUGCUGUGGCAGUGUCAGCUGAAGUCGCAGCAGAGAAGCCAAAUCCCACUAUAUUUCUUAAAGCUUGCGAAUUGUUGGGUGUAAAACCUGAGGAUGCAGUUCACGUGGGGGAUGAUCGUAGAAAUGACAUUUGGGGUGCCAGAGGUGCAGGUUGUGAUGCUUGGCUUUGGGGAAGUGAUGUACAGUCCUUCAAGGAGGUUGCUCAGAGGAUAGGAGUCCAGAUCUGAAUAAGGAUUAUUCCUCCCCUUGCAAUAACCCGAGCAGUAAUAUCAUUGUGUAGUGUAUUCUCAUCUUGUAUCUCCGCCCAAUCCUAAUUAGUUGUACAUCUUUUCUCUUUGUAAUCGGUAUGAGAAAAAUUAGAGAUGCUGGCAAAACCGUUGCUUCGAAUAGAGAUGGCAAUGUUUUGUUUU